CCGCAAGGCUACCAGCUUCAAACACCCUGCUGCAUAGCUGGAGCUGAUUCGUCCCGGGCCCUGGAUUGCCUUUGAAACGCGUGCAAUGAACACUAGAAGUUCUCGUCAUUUUCUCAUUAGUAGCCUAAAUCUCCCUGAAUGAUAUUGCGCCUCGACCGGGAUGAUGAUCACUCGCACACUGUCCGCCAUCUACGUUUGGAGGAUCAAAUAAAAAUCGGCAUCUUACUUCUUGUCACUAAGGCCCGCUCACGUCGGUCCAUGCAAAGUCCAUGACAUCGACUGACAUGGGUGCCUGCGUCAGUGAAAUAAGUAGUCGCCGAUACAGCACUCACCAACAGUCACAACGAAACACCCGGUUUGACACACGUCUGCACAAGGGUGACGAGCGCUGCCUGACAGCAAACACAUACAUUCACACAUGCAUACAAUCCAUCAUACACGAACCGCCAGCUAGCGACUCAUCACGACACAUACGGUAUACGGCAGGGACACGCGCCUGGUACAAGAUGCCUGCUGAGACGGUGACCGACUGGAGGACGCAACGCAGCGCCAGUGAAACGAGUAGCGAGACAUACCGCGGCGAGCACCGACCUAUACACCCCAGACCGACCUCCUCUCCGCAACCAGCAACCACCCAACCAGACGCGGCGCCCUCUCCCGUCCCGCUCGCCCCUGCCAGACCACGACCGGAAAGAUCGAGGCCAGCAAGGUGGAGGGAAGGAGGACUAAUGAGAUGGGAGCAUCAGUAGGAAGGGAAGUAAAAGGAAAAGAACCCGGAAAUGACAGGG